CUUCUUCUUCUUCUUCUUCUUCUUCUUCGUUUCUACCGUAUACACUCAUUACUCAAUUCAUCUGACGUACGUACCAAUUCUACACGCAAGUAGUAGAUUACGAACAGCGGGCUGGUGGUAGUAGGCGAUAUAUACGGUAAAGGUAACAAGACAAAGACCUAAAGGACCGGGAAAGAAAGAAAGAAAGAAAGAAGUAAAUAAAUAAAUAAAAUCAUGAGUUCCGCCGCCGCAGCCGCAGAGCAGAAGGUAGAAGACAGAAAGGAGACGGGAACAUACGAAGCCGGCUGCCACUGCGGCUACAUCAAGUUUUCCGUCACCCUAUCGCCGCCUUUCCCCGAGUACAAGGUCCUCAACUGCAGUUGUUCCGCAUGCGCCCAUUUGGGGUAUCUGCUCGUCUACCCCAAGGCCUCGGAUAUCGUAUGGCAUAACAACAGCCGGGAGCGAUGCGCUAGCUACCGCUUCAACACCAAGCAGAAGGAUCAGAUGUUCUGCCCCAAGUGUGGUUCUAGCCUGGGUAUCGACUUCUUGGGGACGGUUAAGGAGCAUGUGUAUGGUAUUAGCGCCCGCUCGUUCUACGGCAUCGAUCUAGACUCUUUGACGUACAAGAAGAUGGACGGGAUGCGCAGGGUCGAGCCCGCGCAUGAUUUGUCCGGGCAGGUCUGGGACGAGGAGAAGCAACAGCUAACCUAACCGACGACUCUAAAAGUUUAUGACUUAGGUACCUAAGGUAGAGAGUACUGUUAGUCCUAGAAAACGAAAUAUUAUGACAAGUUAAUGAUCUA